ACACGUUGCAAGUCACCAUUUGCGAAGAGUAAGGGAAUUUAGUGCGGGAUAUUUUCUUUCGGUUAGUUGCGCGAAAAAAAGUAUAUUUCGUUGUGAAAGUAGUUUGAAUUUAUUGAAAACUCCAAUUUACACACCUGAUAUAUCAAGCAAUCGUCCAAUCGUUGCUACCGUAGCUAGACGCUAACUUGAUUUCUGCUGCUAAAACUUUACGCACCUGGAUCUCCACUAGAAUCGCACCGUCACUUGGUACAGCUUUGUACCGGAUCGAUCAAGCGUAAGUUUUAACCUAAAAAGAAGAAAACAAAUGUUAAUAAAACUUACACACAAAUGUAGGAAGAGUGGAAGGAAGGAACGAAGGACAGGAAGAGGAAGAGGAGUCGGGAAGGAAAGGAGUCAAUCGGGAAAGGAAGACCAAUUAAGUAGGUUUUGGAUAAUUAAAAUGUAAACAAAACUCUAAAUAAAAAUACUUAAUUCUAGUUUUGAAGCUGUCGCGAUACGACUGCUGGACAAAAAUUUGGUUCUUUAAUUACCACCCGAACAAUCUUCAAAAUUAAUUGCGGGUUCGGUAAUCCUCUCCACGAUGGCCGACGAAAAUCCGGACUUCACCGAGACUCCCUGCUCAACCUGUAAAGAGGUGUCGACCGAGGAUGAGCUGAUGGUUGGCUGCGAUAGCUGCAAACUGUGGUUCCACGCUCGGUGCGUCAACCUCAAUCCGGCUGACAAGAAGUCGGGGAAGAAGUGGUAUUGUCCGGACAAGGACUGCCAAAAGAAGAAGAAGACUAAGAAGUCUGUGGAAGUACCGCUCCCAUUGCCGCCCGAGUUGCAAGAAAAGUUGAAAGCUUUGGAAGAAACUCGGAAGCGCAUGGAAGCGGAACAAGAGAUGGAGCGAAUCCUGAAGGAGAAGGAGCUCGAAAUGGCUGUCUACCUUCAGGAGCGCCAGAUGAAGAUCGACGAGGAACUCCGAGAGAGGGAGUUCAAGCAGCGAGAGGCGAAUCUAGAAGCGGAGAUGCAGAAGAAGGAGGAAUACCUGAAGCGGAUCCAGAAGCUGGAGACUACAUUUCGGGUCGCCUCCAUCGACAAGCUGUUGCAAAACAGCAGCACUCCGUUGCGAAACCCUGAGGUCAAACCAUUGACAACGGAAAACCUGGGAAAACACGACAAUGGCGAAAACUCUGGGGGCACACCGAGCAAACCGGCUUCCAAGAAGACGUCCAGCCGCUCUUCGUCGGGGUCCAGCACUACCAGUUCCGGCAGUGGCAAAGGCGAGGCCGAUACGAAAGGUGAAGGAAACGACGAGAAGUCGGUCAAGUCGGGAAAAGCUGAGGAUUCUAGGGAGAAGCCAGACGGGCUGGGGCAGCACGGUUCGGGUCCAACGAAGGCCCAGCGAGCUGCAAGACAAGGGCUGACAAGGAAGCUGCCAGACUUCCACGGCAAACCAGAAGAGUGGCCAUUGUUCUUCGCGGCCUACCAAGCGUCGAACGAAGCCUGCGGGUACACGGACGUGGAAAAUCUCGUGCGCCUACAGGACUGCCUGAAGGGCAGAGCGCUCGAGGAGGUGCGUGGACAGCUCAUUCUGCCCAAGUCGGUUCCGCGUGUGAUCGCCAAGCUUCGCCAGAUCUACGGCCGCCCAGAAGUGCUGCUGCAAAGCCACCUGCAACGAGUGCGCAAGCUGGAGCCGCCGAGAGCGGACAAGUUGGGAUCGUUCAUCCCGUUCGGCAAUGCAGUGGAACAAUUGUGCGAGCACAUCGAGGCCGCAGAACUAACGGCGCAUCUGGUCAAUCCGAUCUUGAUCCAGGAACUCGUCGACAAGCUUCCGGACGGGGAGAAGAGGAGUUGGGUGCACUACAAGCGCAAGAAGCGCGAGGUGAAUCUGCGUACACUCACCAACUUUCUCUCGAAGAUCGUCGAGGACGCGUGCGAGGCGACGGUCAACCUGGACUACAAACCGGACGUCAGAGCAGCGUCGGGAUCGAGCGGCCGAAGCCGAAACAAGGAAAAAGCCGCACUGUUCAACCACAGCGUAGCCGAGGAAUGUACAGAACGGCGAGAGCAGAAGCCACAAAAGCUGUGCAGGGUGUGCCAGCGCAUGGAUCACCGACUGUGGACAUGCGAGGACUUCAAGAAGCUGCCAUAUGAGGAUCGAGCGAAGAUGGCGACGAAGUGGAAAUUAUGCCAACGCUGCCUGAAUGAACACGGCGGUCAAUGCAAGCUCAAACUUCGCUGCAACGUCGGAGAGUGCCGCGAGCCACACAAUCCUCUGCUUCACCCGGAGACGAGGGCAGUUGGCAUGAACGCACACAUUACGUCCACGAGUCCCGUGCUGUUCCGGAUGCUCCCGGUAAAAGUCUACUGCGGUGAGAGAUCAAUGAUCGUGCUCGCUUUCCUUGACGAGGGUUCGUCCCUCACCCUGAUCGAAAGUGGUCUUGCCGACCGUUUGGGGCUGUUGGGGACGAAGGAGAAGCUCACCAUCAAGUGGACGGCCAACAUCACGCGAGUGGAACAACAUUCGAGGCGGACAAAUAUUUGGGCGUCGGCGAUCAACGGGACGAAUGGCGAGAAGCUGCUGCUGCAAUCUGUCCGCACGGUGGACAAGCUGAUGUUGCCACGCCAAACACUUAAUGCUGCUGAAGUUUCGUCACACUACGAUCACUUGCGCGGGCUUCCGAUGGAUUCGUACGACGGUCGGCCAGGAAUGCUGAUCGGGUUGAAUAACAUUCAUUCGUUCGCACCGCUGGAAACGAAGGUCGGCACGAUUGUCGAUCCGGUGGCAGUCCGGUGCAAGCUCGGCUGGACGGUCUACGGACCGCGGGAUGCAGAGUCGGCGGGCGCGAGCUGUUUCCUCGGAUGCCACCAAGAAGUGACGAACGAGGAGCUGCACGAUCUUCUCAAAAGCCACUAUUCGCUGGAAGAAGCGGUGGUGACUGUGCAGCGGGAGUCGGUCGAGGAUCAGCGGGCGAGGAAGAUCAUGGAGGAAACUACACGUCGCGUGGGUGACCGCUUCGAGACCGGACUGCUGUGGAAGACCGACGACGUCAAGUUCCCGAACAGCUAUCCGAUGGCUGUAAAGCGGAUGAAGCAGCUGGAGAAGAAACUUGAGCGUUCGCCAGAGCUGUACGACAACGUCAAGAAGCAGAUUGAAGACUACCAGGCCAAGGGAUACGCGCACGAAGCCACCGCGGAGGAACUGAACGGAACAAACAACAACAAAGCGUUCUACCUGCCGCUCAACGUGGUGGUGAACCCGAAGAAGCCGGGGAAUGAUGGCUGGUCUGGGAUGCGGCCGCGACGGUAG